AUGGAACCGCCAAAUGCUAAUCUUUUAGUGUACGAUAACUUAAACAGAAUCGAUAGAGGAACUACAAAUGCUGAUAUUGAUUGUCUCCUACAGACACCUGCUGUUGAUGAACAUAUGAAUUUCAGCUAUCAAGACGGCUUGAAUAAUCAAUCUUUCACUAAUUACCCAAAUGCACAAAUGAUCACUGAUGUUAAUAUGUCCGACGAAAGCUCUGUUAACUUACCAAUUCAUUCUGCUCAAGGUAUUGACGUAACAUAA